UUGCUGCUGCUGCUGGUGCGCCUGGCGAGGGCUUCCCUGCCUGCCUGCCUGCCUGCCUGCCUGGCUGCCUUCUCGCCCCAUCUGGCUCCAGCAGCAGGCUUCGGCAAAAGCGCCUUCUUGGAGAGCCCCGGGCGGAGCAGCGUGCGGAGUCCUCCUUCAGGUUCCUCUUGAGGUGAACAACCUUUGAGUUUGGUUCUGCUUUGCACCAACCGUCCCAGGGGACCGUCUGAGGUUGCCUUCAGUGCCGUUGAAGAAGGGAGGGGAAGCAAGCCAACGCAGCCCCGCGAGGAAGUCGCCCAUGGCCAGCAACAACACCACCAGCAUCGCGCAAGCCAGGAAACUGGUAGAACAGCUCAAAAUGGAGGCAAACAUCGACAGAAUAAAGGUGUCCAAAGCAGCGGCAGACUUGAUGGCGUAUUGUGAAGCCCACGCCAAAGAGGACCCGUUAUUGACUCCUGUUCCUGCUUCAGAAAACCCCUUUAGAGAGAAGAAGUUCUUCUGUGCCAUUCUGUAAACCUCACAGGAGCCUGAUUCCAACUUGGGCCACCCUGGACACUGAUGUAGAGAUUUCUCAGCAACGUGGACGUGUUUCCAGAGUCCACCCAAUUUAAAUAAUAUUUAAAAAAAAUAAAUCAAAACGGCCUGGAAGUUUACAGAGAAGUGCAUGAUCCCAAAGGGAGUGUUCUGCCUUCUUUGGAGAAUGAGUUGAUGAUGUUGAUCUACGUCAUGAGGCUAAAGAUCUUGACAUUUGUAGAGAUGUCUGCAGAGGGAAGGGGAAAUGUUUAAAAGACUAGAUUUAAUUUCUGUGUUUUGCUCUUGCCAAACAAAACCCUUUUCUCUCCCCCCCCCCAAUCAAACAAGAGGGUGUGCAAAGCAAGGUUAAAAAUGAUGCAAAGGGGGUAUGUAUGUAUGUAACCUUAUUAUUACAUUUUUCCCCCUUUGUUCUUCCCCAAAUGUCACUCUUAUUUAUGUUGAAUUGUAAAAUAAUUGCAACAGGGUAGAUUUAUUCCGAUGUUUCUUAGCGUUGAAUCUUGUGCAUAUUUAGCGUUUUAGAGUAGUGCUUACACAAAGGGGAAGAGGCCAGAUUCGCUGCCACCUAUCAGUCUAAGCAACUUUUUAGCAAGGGCUUAGCUGAGUAUGUGCCAGAGUUUUGAGCGGGCCCCCGCGGGGCAGUCUUGUGCAUUCCUAGCAGAUUUAGUACCACUGUUUUCUAACAUUUGUAUCUGGUAGCUUUUGUUCUUCAAGUAAACUGUAUGUUGU